AUGUGGAAAGACUCCUGUCGACAAUGGGAUAACGUGGAAGUGAACGAGAGCGUGGCCUCGACGGCUAGCAGUUAUGCUAACAGCUAACAACAAUGAGCCAUAUUUGGCGCACUCGCAGGCGAAAAGUUUGAAUUUAAAGGGGAAGAGGAUGUCCACCUUAACUUUGCGAUUCUUAAUAAAGAGUAAAGCGCGCACACGAAGCGCGUCCAAAUCGUAGCCGUUGUUCAGGUUAUUUAAUAUCGCGGUAGCUUUUUGUCUUUGAUUUCAGAAAGUGCAGCUGCCCGCUUUUUGUUUAGGGCAGCCGCUGCAUAUAGACCUGCCGCUUAACGACGUCUCGCUGCAGAUACAUCCACUGUCUCUAAACGUGGGGAUUUAGCCGCUUCUUUUGUUUAUGUGCACAUUUGUGUCGAAAAUUAACGCUCUUUUUUAAUUACUGUAAUCGCGCUCCAGUAGGAUCCCGCUGACUACUUUUUAAGUUACGAUCCUUGUUGAGACACGUGUUUUCUUUCAUUGGCACGCGCUCACCAACAGAUUCAGGAUGUUUGGCUUUCAUAAGUCAAAGAUCUACCGCAGUAAUGAAGGCUGUUGCAUUUGUAAAACCAAGUCCUCCAGCUCACGCUUCACGGACAGCAGCAGAUAUGAGGAGACCUUCAAGAUGUGCUUUGGGCUGUCUGAAGAUCGUGUUGGAGACAUUUGCAAUGCAUGUGUGCUGCUGGUGAAGAGAUGGAAGAAGCUGCCUCAUGGCUCCAAGAAGAACUGGAAUCAUGUGGUGGAUGCCAGAGCUGGUCCGGGUUUUAAGGUGACAAAGCCCAAGAAGAUAAAAAACAGUGAUGGAAAGAAAAAGAGCAAGCUGAAGAAGCUUCAUAAGUUUAAGAGACAAACAGACUCUGAUGCUCACAGCACGACCUCCAGCAUGUCUCCUGCCCAGUCUCCCAGUCACAGCAACCAGUCAGAUGAUGGUUCAGACAUCGAAUCCAAACAAAGACGUUCAUCUCCUUCAAUCUUUUCCUUCCUGGAUCGUUCUUACUGGAAGAGACAAAAGGUGUGCUGUGGAAUUAUCUACAAAGGUCGGUUUGGAGAAGUGAUUAUUGAUCCCCGACUUUUCAAGCCUUGCUGCAGCUCAAAAAAACCGAAGACACCAUCACAGGUGCCCACACUCCAGCCGCAGCUCCCAGAGGAUUUGAAAGAAACUUGGUGAAUUGUUUAGUCAGACCUCCCUCUCAUUUAUGGGGCUAUCCAUGGCAUCCCCCUGGAUUUGUCUCCAGUGGCAGACCUCAUUUUCAUUCCCCCUUAGAUCAGUUAAUGUCCUCCUUUGCUAUAUUCAUUUUGUAUGUUUUUUUUGUUUUUUUUUUUUACUUUUGUAUAGAGUUGAGCUCUUUUUCGACAGAAAAAACAACUUUUGGGCAUUAGUGUUAUUUAUAGGGUAAGGAUGAAAUUUUGUUGGAUUAAAUUUUUGUUUCCAAAUUUCUUAUUUUUGUAUUGAGUGAUCCAGAUUUGUAAAUAAUAUUUUUGUUUUUUUGUUUGUUGUUUUUUUACAUCAGGACUGCUUUAUUUUAUUUUUUUUUUUACAACUUGUUAUACUGUAAUUAAUGGUAUGAAAGACACCAGCUAUUUCCAAUACACCAGCUUCUUGUGUGUUAAAGAGAUCCUUCAACAUUUGUGCAUAAAUGUUUGUCUUUCAUUAGCUCUCUAGGGUAAAUAUUUUUCUUAGUUUGCAUAUUCUUUUUGAUAACACACAGGGACCAUUAGCAAGUCCGUUAUAUGUAAAUGUGCUGUUUUGUUUUUUAAAGGUGUACAGAUUAGACGGCUUGGACAUGAACAGCUGUAGCCACCGGUAUGAAACACUCCGUUUUGUUCAGCAGUUUCUGCACAGUAGAUCAUACAUGCAGUAUGUCCCUCUGCUUGUUGGAUUGACGGUUUUAUUUAUUUCUUUUGUACAGCCUCCAAUGAAAUUACGUUGCAUGUUGUAAGCAAAUUUAAGAAAAAAAAAAAAGGAUUUUGUAAAUACAAUGUUUUGGCUCACGGGUUUUUUUCCAAAAAAAAA